GCUGUGCCAACAUCUCCCAGAGGCUUGGCACAAGUGCUGCAGAGGUUUGAGGAACAAGCUCUGCACUGGAGGUAAAAAACUUGCUGGACUGUCUCAGCUGACCUGUAGUUCAACCUGACAAAUGUGCAUGGUGUAUCUGCUUUUUUUCCCUCUGAAAAAGCUUGCUGCUCAGGGUUCGGUGAAAGGUGAGGUCAGUUGCACACAGCAGCUUGUGAUGAAAUGGGUUCCUGUUCCUACAAAAUCGUCUGGUGCAGUGGGGAGAGUCUCUGCUGGAGGGAGGAAGCUACAGCAGAAAUACUGCAUUAGGUCGCACUGGAGUCUGUGAUGAUCCCUGUCCUGCUGCUGACCACAAAACCUGACACAGCCAUGGCUUUUGCUUUGGGUCAAAAAAGCUCCACAGGCUGCUAUUGCUAGCCUGGCAGGGUUUGUUUCAAAUGGUUGCUUUGGCCCAGCUGCAAUUGGAGGUGAUCCUGUGCUUGAAGGACACAAGAAGCUCUGCUUCAGCCUCUUCUGCUGUAGUACACUUCUGAACAUGUCUGUCCAUCAUACCAUAUAAGUACUUGCCUUUAAUGACGCUUUAGGGACUUGGGGGUGGAUGAUGGAAGCUAAGCUCUGAGGAGGGAGGGGAGGAAGCAGAGUAGCAGUGGUCUGACAAGUCAGGUUCAUAAAAGGUUCCUCUAACAUAAACUGACGCUUCUUAUCUUUCAGAGUUUUAGACUACUUUCCUCACAAACAAGCAAUGGCUGUGGAUAUAGCAAUGCAGCUGUACCUGUGCCCUUCACCUUUGCGAAGAGAGAAGCGUGCCUGCAAAAUUGCUCCAAAGCCAAUUAAACCGCUGCGGCCCUGUAUCCAGCUGAAUAGCAAGACUGAGCUGAGCAGACCAGAAGAGGCAGCAAACUCCUUCACAGAAAACAAGGUGAAGAAGAAGGUGUCAUUUGCAGAUAGCAGAGGCUUUGCUCUGACAAUGGUAAAGGUGUUCUCAGAAUUUGAUGAUCCCCUAGAUAUUCCUUUCAAUAUCACUGAGCUGAUAGAUGACAUCGUGGGGCUGACAACAGUUGAGAAAGACAGCUUUGUCCUGGAUUUUGUUCAGCCCUCUGUGGACUACUUGGACUUCAGAAACCGACUUCAGGCAGACUGUGUGUGCCUUGAAAACUGUACACUAAAGGAGCGGUCUAUUGUGGGCACAGUGAAGGUGAGGAAUCUUGCUUUUGAAAAGACUGUGAAGAUCAGGAUGACAUUUGACACCUGGAAAAGCUAUGUAGACUACCCAUGCCAAUAUGUCAAGGAUAUGUAUGAGGGGUCAGACAGGGACACGUUUUCCUUUGACAUCAGCUUGCCAGAGGGAAUUCAGUCCCACGAAAGAGUCGAGUUUGCCGUCUCCUUUGAGUGUAAUGGGAAAGUGUACUGGGACAGCAAUAAGGGCACAAAUUACAGGAUCAUACGAUCAGAACUGAAGUCCGCCCAGGAAGCGUUUCGCCCUUCAGGCGGCCCUGACUUUGGAAGCGCCUUUGACCAGUUUGGGAGUCCCCGGUGCUCCUAUGGCCUGUUUCCCGAGUGGCCAAGCUACUCGGGCUAUGAGAAGUUAGGGCCUUACUAUUAAUCUGGGGAUCAAGUCCUGAUUGACUAACUGUUGCUGGUGCAUCUGCAGGCUUGGGAGCUGGUCUGAACAUGAGGUGUGUCAAAAGAUGGAGGAAAAAAAAAAAGAUGCUUCACGUAGUCCUGCAGGAGCCUCCCAGCAAAAUGAGAUGAGUGUAGCGCUCUGCUGGAGGCUGACUCAUGGUCAGGGAAGCAUCUCUGGCCUAGUGGGCUACCUUCCCCAUCUCAAGUUGGACCGCUGGCUUUCCAGAUCCUUAAAGGAACAGGAGAUGCUGGUCCAUUCACUGCUGCUAGUCCUUCCUCUUCUAUAAAGCUGCUAGUCUCCAGAGAAACACUUGCCACAGUGCUUGUAUUGUCAGUCUAAGCUAUAUAGUGGUGGCUGGUUUGUGUGUUGCUUGCUAGUUUUAACAAGCUCUUUUCCAAAUGUGUUGUCAUGUAUCUUUAGUGGGCCACGCUUUGGCUUUGCCACAGAACAGCUCUUGCAAAGCUGAGCUGUGCCUGUUGGGAAAUAACAACUUAUAAACUGAUUGGCUGGUGGGGGACUGAGUCCUCUUCUUGCACCCUUCCCUGUAGCGUAGGGUCCCCUCUCUUUGAGACAAAGAGGUGUUUUGGAAAUGAAAAUGCAACUGUGAUGAUAGGAAAUGUGACCCUGUGGCCUGCCUUAUUAGGAGAUGUAUGUGCCCCUCGAGGAGAAUGUGUGUAUGUUUAGUCACCAAUUGUUUUAUCAGCUGAUCUUAAAAGCUUUCAUCAUACCCUUGGUGGUGUUAGCUAAAAAUAGAGCUAAGCUAUAGCUGUGUGGUGCUGUUAACAGCCUUGAUGGUUUUCUUCAAAACCUUCCCUUUUCAAAUAGCAAGUAACAGAUGAUGCUUUUCUCCUUGAGGCACAUCUAAAGUCAGUUGUUGGCUUUGCUGGAUCCUGAAAAUGCAGCUCUCUUGCCCACAAACUGUAAAACAGGGUCUUUGCCUGGGAUGGCUGGGGCCUGGGCAGAGAGCUGCGUCGAGGUGUUGUGGGAGUUCAGCAUGAACAAACCAUGCAGCUGCUCUCUGCCACGUCCCAUGAAGAAGAGGCCACAGAGCCUACUGUGGUGGAAGUGACUUGACUGAGAAAGUAGUGGUACAUGCAAUCCCAGCCACAGUUUGCCUGUUUAUCUCAAAGCUUCUUGUGUACUAGCUGAGCAGAAUAACUUAUUCCCUAUGCUCAAAGGGAGAGCGGUGAGUAGUUUGUAGAAACAGGUCAAGAGUAUAUUUUUGUUCUAGUGCAUAAGCUUUAUAUAGUCUUUUGGGGUGCCCACCUCUUGGAGAGGUGGGGCAGAAGCAAAGUACUAGACUACUUAACUUUUUUAAACUUAGCUUUUAAUUCUGGAGACUACUAUAUAAAAUACUUCCGAGCUGUUUUGCUCUAACUUAGGUGUACUGAGUUUGCUGUUGGAUCCUGAAAGGACAAGAAGAGCCUGCAGGAAGAAUGACUAGCUUUCAAUUGCUGCUGCUUUUUUUUUCUUUUUUUUUCCCCCAGAACCCAACAUCAAUGCAUCUCAUCACUGUGCUUGAUCACUAAUUCCAGGCAGCAAAUUCAUUUGCUAGCCCAGAGCUCAUCAGGCUUGAUAUCUCUGUUCAAACAGCUUCCUGCAUCAGCUGUGUUGGCCUGCAUUCUCUAACAUGGUCCCUCUCUUAAGGGACCACUGCCUGGCUUGGCUUGAAGCUGUUUUUAGACUUAAAUCUGAGUGAUACUGAUCUAGGACUUAGUGUGUGAUGUUAAUGCUCUAAAACACUGACGGUAGAAGAGCUGUGUACUCCUAGCAUGUGCUCAUGCCUGGGGAAGGCUGUUGGUGGCCCAAAGGAAGGCAUGUAUGUCCAGGGUGCUGUGGAUGGUGGUAUCUCCUUACAGGGCCUGUGUGUUUGCAGGCCACGGAAGUGGUGUGCUUAGGGAAGAGUGUGGAAGAUGAGCUAGAAGAGCAAAACCAUAAGUAAAAGAUGGGCUCAGAACUGACUGUCUGACCAAUAGUGGUUUAAAACUACUACUUGUGGCCUUUCCCCUUCUCCCCUUUUCCAUUGCUAAUGUGAACAUAGAAGUGAGGGGGUUACCCUCCUCACUCUAUGCCUGGAAGUGCCUUUUGGGGUUUUCUGCAUGUUUGUUUUUUAAAAGAUAUUUUUGUACACAACACUCAAGUGAAAAAUGCACUUUAUAAUCGCAACGUAAUGACUCUCUUUUUAAAACUGUGGUUCUGUUUUUAUCUGAUUGUUAAAAUAAAGGUGGAACAAAACA